GGCGUCGCUUCUACUGAGCUCCAUCAUUAAGGUGCGGUUUCCGUGGACAGGUGCUUCACUCUAUUCCACUCCCAGGAAUUUAAACGUUUUUUGGACGCUUCUGAAGGAAUUUGAAAAUUAGUUUUUAAAUAAUUCAAGGCGAUUUGCACUUUUUAAGUGGAGGAAACUUUUUUUAAGGAGGAAAAAAGGAACCAGAAGUAAAGAUGGCAAAUAAAGGACUUCAGUUGUUGGGUUUUAUGCUGGCUGUAAUCGGGCUUAUUGGCCUUAUAGCAGGAACCAUCAUGCCCCAGUGGCAAAUGUCGGCCUACGUGGGAGAUAACAUCAUCACCGCCGUGGCCAUGUACCAGGGCCUGUGGAUGUCCUGUGCCUACCAGAGUACCGGGCAGAUCCAGUGCAAAGUAUACGAUUCCAUGCUCCAACUCAGCGGUUCUCUGCAGGCCACUCGUGCACUGAUGGUCAUCAGUAUCCUCCUGUGUGUGAUCGGACUGGGCGUGGCCUCUAUGGGCAUGAAGUGCACCAACUGUGGCGGUGAUGACAAAGUGAAAAAAUCUCGCAUCGCCAUGACCGGAGGAAUUAUCCUCCUGCUGGGAGCUCUGUGUUCCAUCAUUGCCUGCUCAUAUUUCUCCUACCAAAUCAUCCAGGAUUUCUACAGUCCCUUCACUCCAGUCAACACAAAGUAUGAAUUUGGUGGUGCUAUAUUUGUCGCCUGGGCUGGAGCUUUCCUCUCAGUGUUUGGUGGAGGUUUGCUGGCCGCAUCCUGCUCCAAAAACCAGACGUCCACCCCGAAGUAUCCCGCAAAGUCUCGGCCCCCGAGCAGCACCAAGGAAUACGUCUGAGCUCGAGGACCUCGUGUCCACUUAGUACCAAACCGAUAAUUGUGCGGCGAGCUGGUGGAGGUUUUCCCGUGGCUGAUCUCCGAGCACUUCGAAGUUUAUUUAGGUUAAAGCAAACUGUUCCUGAGAUCAGCUCUUCAGGGUGAUUCCUUACAUCUGCCCCCCCCCCCCCUUUUUUUUUUUUUUUACCUGUAUUCCUCCCUUUUAAUUGUUCACGAUGCCUUUUUUUCCUGUGUUUUUAUUAUUAUUUUUAAAUAUUUGCUGUAAAGUUUGUAUUGGUAAACGAACCCCAUGUGAAAAUCAAUGCUGUUUUACAACUGAUGAGUCGUUUCACUCUGUGUAAUAGAGCAUGACGCGCUCAGGGUUCAACGCGUAUCUCUGUUUUAAUAGUUAAAAACAAUGUCAAUUUUAAACCUAAACACAAAACCUAGUCUAGUAGCAUUUUGUGUUUUUUUUUUUUUUUUUUUAAUAAUCUGACGCCCACCAUGUCACAUACAGAAGGUUAUGUUACAACUCUGUUUUAUUUCUUUACACUGAAAAAUGAAGUCGUUUUUUCACGCAGCGUGGCUUUUUCCCUUCUUCGCACGGCCUACGAUCUGUUUAUGGAGCUCUGCCGUUGAUCCUGCUGAUCUUUCAACUCUGUUCUCAGCCCAAAAAGUAAACAUUAACCUUUAUUUUAUAAACCAUGUCCUUGCGUUCACCUCUUUAAUGCACGCAUUCCUACCCUGCUCUUCUGACCAAAACUUUAAUAUAACCUUCAAAUAAAGCUUUUGUUUGCACUGUUUCUUUUCUCUUUUAAAAAAAAAAAAAUUCCAGCCAUGAGAAAUUGUGAAAUAGGAGUAGAUAUCAUUAUCAUUUACAGGUUCAUUUCUUGCGUAAGUCUCACAGGUUUUAUGCAAAUUUAUUAUAUGUAAAUAAACCGAGAGGAAGUGGAAAA